AUGUACGUCUCUCUGAAAAGAGGUACAUGUGCCGCUUUGUUGGCAGAUCAACCUAUCCCCAAUCGGUUUGUCCAAGUCCUCACUAUCCGAGAUGAGAAUGACCUCGGUUUCGGAUGCGAGCAGUAUAUGCUGGAGAUCAGCGAUGGGUUCGCCAGCAUUCCCGUCAUGUUGACCACCAAUUUGAACGAUCUCAUAUCGAAGAGGAAAUUGGCUCCACUAUCGAUUAUCAAGAUCAGCGAACACGUUCAUCGCAAAGUGUCCGGAAUUCGCAUGGUGAUUAUCAGCGCAAUUAGCUUCAUAGGGUCAGCCGGAGCAAUUCGGAGUAAACCUGUGCCUCUGGACGUCGUAGAAGACCCAGAUGACGUGCUUUCAGCUGCUAUUGCUUGCAUGGAACGCAGCAAACUUCUUCAGGUCCCCGAGUCAAAGGAGCCUAUCGGCGGUCCACUCACCCCUUCUCUCGAAUGUUCCUCGCAAACCUCCAGCGAACUCGCGUCUACGGAGUCGUCCGCUCUGGCCCCCGAGGAUGGAACUCUCCUAGCUCAGUCGGACGUCAUGACCGCGGAUGGGGUGGGCGUCCAGAUCAAUGUUCUGGCUGACGAGGACGCGCAUGUUGAAGCCGCAAGCAUGGCGGAGAUGAGCCAUACAUGGAGGAAGUAGGAACUUCUUCCUUUGCGUUUCCUUACACAUUACCUGCGUGUUCAUGUACUGCAUAUUUCACAAUCAC